GUGCUGCCUGAGAUGCAGAUUGGAUCCUGCUGUGCUGGAGGGGUUUGCCUGUGCUGUCAGGGAGGUGCCAGGGGGAUUGCACUGGGACGUGCUGGACGGCGCAUCGCCAGGCUAUUGCCUGCUGCAGACAGACAGAGGGAGAGUAGAUGUGAGUAAUGCAGAGCUGACUGUCCCUGGGCUGGGAACCAGGCCGUGCCGGAGCCCCACUCCAGCAGGCUUGGCGAUCCGUGUGGGAAUCGGAACGCUGCUGGAAGCCACAAGGAAGACAUUGAGGAUGGGGGACGGGUCACGGGGUGGUCUGCUGUUGGAUUCUCGCACGGUCCUGUCGGAGGGUAACGCUGAGCGCAUUGUCAGCACGCUGUGUAAGGUGCGGGGGGCAGCUCUUAAACUGGGUCAGAUGCUCAGUAUUCAAGAUGAAGCUUUCAUGAAUCCAGCCUUGCAGAAGAUAUUCGAGCGAGUACGACACGGGGCAGAUUUUAUGCCCACUCGGCAGAUGCUGAAAGCUCUGAAGAGUGAGCUGGGCUCUGACUGGCGGGCCAGGCUGGAGCACUUUGAGGAGCAGCCCUUUGCUGCUGCGUCCAUUGGGCAGGUCCACCUGGGGAGGCUGAAGGAUGGCCGGGAGGUGGCCAUGAAGAUCCAGUAUCCCGGUGUUGCCCAGAGCAUUGACAGUGACCUCCGCAACCUGACCGCCCUUCUCAACAUGAGCAACGCUCUCCCUGCAGGACUGUUCCCAGAACACGCCAUCAAGGUGAUGAGCCAGGAGCUGGUGUUGGAGUGUGACUACCGAAGGGAGGCUGCGUCCACCAGGAGGUUCAAGGAGCUGCUGAAGGACGAACCUUACUUCAAUGUACCGUCUGUCAUCGAUGAGCUCAGCAGUGAGAGGGUGCUGACCACCGAGCUAGUCCCCGGAUUUCCCCUCGAUAAAGCCGAGGCACUGGAUCAAGACACCAGGAAUGAGAUCUGUGCCAAUAUCCUGAGGCUGUGCUUACGAGAGCUGUUUGAGUUUAGGUACAUGCAGACUGACCCCAAUUGGUCCAAUUUCUUCUUUGACCCCCACAGUCGGAAGGUUUCCCUGCUGGACUUUGGAGCGACCCGGGAGUUUGACAGCUCAUUUACAGAUGAGUACAUUGAGGUUAUCCGAUCGGCAGCAGAGCGCAACAGAGAGGCCGUCCUGAACAAAUCCAUUCGGCUGAAGUUCCUGACCGGCUUGGAAACAAAGGUCAUGAAGGAGGCUCACGUCGAGGCGGUGAUGAUCCUGGGUGAGGCGUUCUCCUCCUCCCUGCCGUUCGACUUUGGCUGUCAGACCACCACGCAGCGCAUCCAUGACAUCCUUCCCAUCAUGCUUCGCCACCGCCUCACUCCGCCCCCCGAGGAGACGUACUCGCUUCACCGCAAGAUGGCGGGCACCUUCCUGAUCUGCUCGAGGCUGAAGGCUAAGGUUCCCUGCCAGCCCAUGUUUGAGGAGGCCUACGACCAGUACUGGAGGAGGUCCUGUGGGCGGCGGGAGGUUGGAGGUUAACCGGGAGGUGGGUCAACGAGUGCCCAACACCACCUCCCCUCCAAACACGGCUCUGUCCCAAUUCCUGUGGCGCUCUGUCCCACUCCCCCAUCUGCCCCCCCCACCCCUUGAUCUCCCACCUGGACUGUGCUGCCUUGAUGUGGGGUCACGCCAAGGGUUCCAUCGUUUUUGAGAAAGGGGAUUGCAUCCCUUAAUCCAUGCUGUCCCCCAACCUCCCCACCCAAUGCCAUUCGUUGCCUGUGGGCUGGGCGUAUGAGCGUUGGCGAGGGUGUGAGAGGUGAACGACACGCAGUGACGCUCCGUAUCAUCGCCUCUCGUAUUACCCACACACAGUCCCACGUCCGAUCGGCACACCUCGCAGAGAUCAGCAAUGGGAGCCAGGGUGAUCCAUUGGGAUUGUGUACAAUGGGAGGGAACGGGAAGGGGUUU